UUCGACUCUCUUUCCCUCUCUUCCUACCAUUCCCGACGUUUGCACUGAGCUCAUCAUCAGAUUCCUCAAUCUAGAGAGAGAAAGUGCUCUCUUUAGAGAGAGAUAUUUGUUUGGCCAUGUUAGGGUUUUGAAGUUCAUUGAUUUCAGCUCUCUCAUUCUUUCUUCUACUUGUUCUGGGUAUGGAGUUCAAGAAGGAAAAGCUUGUUAGGUUUCGUUCAGAUGGGAAACAUCAAAAGGAAUCUGUGUGGGAUCAACAUGGUCCUCAGUGGGUUGAUAGGUCAUCAUCUGGAUAUAAGGUUCCAUCAUCUUCAUUACUGGAAUCCGAUGGUGGAAUUCUUGGGGGUAAAAUUAAAUUUUCUGAUACUUUCAAAAUAGGUAGGUCUAAGGUAUUUCCAGAAGAUCAUGAGCCUUGGCGCAACAGAAUUCUCGACCCAGGUGGUGAGAUCAUGUUACAAUGGAACCGGGUUUUCAUUGUCUCAUGUUUAGUAGCACUUUUUGUUGACCCACUGUAUUUUUACUUGCCCGUGGUGGGAGGGAAUGAAGACUCAUCAUGUGUGAAGACAGACUUUAAUUUACGGAUUGUUGCGACUUGCUUUAGGACUCUUGCGGACAUAUUUUAUUUAUUGCACAUGAUUAUAAAGUUCCGAACGGCUUAUGUUGCACCUAACACUCGAGUGUUUGGGAGGGGUGAGCUUGUGAUGGAUCCAAAGAAGAUUGCUCGGAGGUACAUUAGAUCUGAUUUCUUUAUAGACCUCAUUGCUACAUUGCCUCUGCCUCAGAUUGUCAUAUGGUUUAUUAUACCAGCAACAAGAAGUGCUCGAACUGAUCAUAACAACAAUGCCCUUGCACUAAUUGUUCUGCUCCAAUAUGUUCCACGGUUAUAUUUGAUUUUUCCAUUAAGCUCACAAAUAAUAAAAGCAACUGGAGUGGUCACAAAGACCGCCUGGGCAGGCGCUGCAUAUAAUCUGCUGUUGUACAUGUUGGCUAGUCAUGUUCUAGGGGCAGCGUGGUAUCUGCUGUCAGUUGAUCGGUAUACCUCUUGUUGGAAAUCCUUUUGUCGAAAGGAAGGCAUUGGUGGUUGCGAUUUGUAUUAUUUAGAUUGUGAUUCCUUCAACGGGGAGAAGCGCAUGAGUUGGGCAAAUGCGACAAGUGUGUUUAAUAGCUGCAAGCCUGAUACUAAAAAGUUCAAAUAUGGCUUAUUUGAAAAUGCAGUGGCAAAAAAAGUUGUUUCAUCAAACUUCAUUGAAAAAUAUUUCUAUUGUUUAUGGUGGGGCUUGCAGAAUUUGAGCUCAUAUGGGCAGAAUUUGGCGACAAGUACAUUUAUAGGAGAGACGUUAUUUGCCAUUCUCAUUGCCAUUUUGGGUCUUGUAUUAUUUUCCCAUUUGAUCGGGAAUAUGCAGACCUAUCUGCAAUCAAUCACCGUGAGGCUCGAGGAGUGGAGGCUUAAACGACGAGACACUGAGGAAUGGAUGAGGCAUCGCCAACUCCCUGAAGAUUUAAGACGGCGUGUUCGGCGUUUUGUUCAAUACAAGUGGCUAGCAACUCGAGGGGUUGAUGAAGAAUCCAUCCUUCAUGGGUUACCUACUGAUCUUAGUCGGGAUAUCCAACGUCAUCUAUGCUUGGAUUUAGUUCGACGGGUACCUUUCUUUUCACAGAUGGAUGAUCAAUUGCUCGAUGCAAUAUGUGAGCGACUAGUAUCCUCCCUAAGUACAGCUGGGACCUACAUUGUUCGUGAGGGUGACCCUGUUACCGAGAUGCUUUUCAUUAUUAGAGGUACACUGGAUAGUUCUACUACCAAUGGAGGUCGAACUGGUUUCUUCAAUUCAAUCACAUUGAGACCAGGGGAUUUUUGCGGGGAAGAAUUACUGUCGUGGGCUUUGCUUCCUAAAUCUACCAUGAACUUGCCUUCUUCAACUAGAACAGUCAGGGCACUGAAUGAAGUUGAAGCUUUUGCAUUACGUGCUGAAGAUCUCAAAUUUGUUGCCAACCAAUUUAGGCGCUUACAUAGCAAGAAGCUUCAGCACACCUUCCGGUUUUACUCCCACCAUUGGAGAACAUGGGCUGCCUGCUUUAUUCAGGCUGCUUGGCGUCGGUACAAGAAAAGGAAGAUUACAAAGGAUCUAAGCAUUAAGGAAUCAUUUGCUGUGGAAGAGCAAGUAGCCUAUGAGAAUGAACAAGAAGAAGAAGAAGAGGAAGCAUAUUCUAGCCGUGCUAGUGCUUCAAAGGCAAAAAUGAAUCUUGGUGUUACGAUAUUGGCCUCAAGGUUUGCUGCUAACACCAGAAGAGGAGCUCAAAAGGUCAAGGAUGAGAUGCCAAAGUUACGAAAACCUGAAGAACCAGACUUUUCCACUGAACCUGAUGAUGAGUAGUUGUCUGAAAUAACCUUCAGGUGCAAAGUAGGCUACAGAUUUAUAUGCUAAGAAACACAUUGCAUGACGCAUCAGAGUCCGUUCAUGGCUAUCUGGUGUGCAAAAGUCUCAUUGAAUGACUCACUCGGAUUGGCGAACGAGAUUGUUAUAGGGAUCUGUAAUGUAGUGAAGUUGGAUCUUAGUGUUUUGUUUGAUACAUCUUUUUUUUCUACAGUUGGCAGAAUAGGCAUGGCUAAUGGGGUUUAGAAUUUCAGCAGGUUGCAUAUUGAGCUUCAGAGAAAGCUAACAUGGGGAUGAGGUUUUCUUGAACAGAUGGAGACUAGUACUUUAAAGUCUCUUAUCUUAAUUUGUAAAUGUCAAGUAUAUGAGACUACCCAACUCUCCAUGCCCUUAACACCAAUUAAGCUCUUCUACGUUUCUCACUUUUACCUUGUACCAUAUCAUAUGUAGAUCAACAUUGACUUGUGUCUCUUUUCAUUCUCUUCUCUUAACAUUAUUUUGGAUUCUCAUGGGGACUAAGUUUGCCCAUGUAUCUUUUGAUCCUUCCGGAAAAUACAUAAUUAAUAUCUUUGAUUUGAUGGUUUUGAAUUGUA